AUGAGGUCCAAGUCUAAGUCUAGUUGGACUGUUCCACACCCUCGUUGCGCACCGACACCAGCUCCGAGUCCUUCCGCUGGCUCCUCAUCUACACCUUUUAUUCCUUCCACCCCUGCACCUGGCGAGCAUCAAACCCUGCCCGCCUCAAAUCCCUACCUUGACCCUCCCGCACGAACUGUGGACGCUAAUGAUCCCGAGCUAAUCAUUGAGUAUCUGGCAUUGUUCCUUCGUCGAUCAUCCCGCGAAACUAUUAGACAGUCGGAUACUGAGUACCAGGACGCGGAGUCCCUCAAUGUAGAUCAGCCGCUUAAUGAGCGCAUAAGAACACUCGUCGAUACCCUCGCGUGUAUCAUUACAACCCAUCCUUGCUGCUGUUGCUAUAUCCAUGACUUCAAACACCACAAACACUUCGCUCGUGACAAAAAUCUACUUCACUUUCAACCGGACGACCGAUGA